AUGGACUCUUCACAUUCACACCAGCGAACCACGCAGAGCCCGCAGUUGGUUCCUUCGUUUGCGUUCCAGCCGGCCGACGGAAUGGCUAAUAUUCCUGACCUUCGUCCAGGAAGCCCAGAAGUGCUGGGUGAUGUUGGUGAACUCGAAGAGGAGCCUGAACUGGAUGGUGAGGUCCCUUUUCUAUAUAGAAACAAUGUGCCGAGUCUUUACAGAGUGCAAUCGCCAACACUGUCAGUGGCUUCCGACGGCAUGAGCACGGACUCUGAAAUACGCCAGUUUGCCAACCCGAAACUCACGACCGAGUUUUUGUCACAAUCACCCACACUGGGGUCUGGCGCGUUGUCCGGCAGAAUGAGCCGACACGCUACUCACAUCUCGAAUAGUUUGUAUGGAUCACCUCAACACAACAGCUCAUCAUCAUCUCUUCCAGGCAGCAAACGCGAUCCGAGAAACUCUUUUAACGGACAAUACAUACCGGGACCCGUGCUUCCUCCAAGAGGCCCUUCCCCUGUUCGAGCGAGAUCCCCCGCGCGCAUGCGGUCCCCAUCACCCAACAGGUACAGACCUUUCAAUUUUGGGUCUGUGGCCAUGAACCCGGAUGGUUCCAAGCAGAACCUUGCUCCGGGGCAAAAGGCCACAUUUCGCCGCGGACACAGAUAUAAGCACUCGUCGGUGUCGAUGAACCUGUUCCAGGAUGCUCCAAAGAAAGCUCCUCUCAACAUACCAAAGUCAUUUCCCAUCCCCACAUUCUCUGAGAUCGCUGCUUCAUUGACGAAGACGCAGAAGCUUAAACUGACCGGGUCUCUUAUCCAUUGCUCACUGGCUGGGCUAACACACUAUCUGGGAUUCACAUAUUCCAAUAUGUGUCUUUCCACCCUGUCACAUCUGGUGUUCUUUGACUCCUGGGGAAAUCUGCUGCUGGUAGCGGUAAUGAUCAUGAAGAAUUUUGACUGUUGGGGCAGUUCUUCCCUGGUGUAUCCUUUCGGACUCGGAAGAAUUGAGGUUCUUGUGGGAUUUGCCCUAUCUGUGUCUCUGCUGUUUGUAGGUGGUGAUUUAUUUUCCCAUCUUUUGGAAGAAAUGAUUAUAGGGCUCAUCGUUGGAGACAGCCAUGAUUCUGGGGUCAAGCAAGAGGAAGUGUCUGCUCAUUCUCACCAUGUUCACGAAGGUGAAUCACAGAUUGAUACUCUGUUGUACGAAAGCUACCUCUUGUUGGUAUGUGCUGUAACGGUGAUUUUACCAAUCUUCGUGAAUGGCUAUGGUAACGGGCUGGUGGAACCAGCCUCGCUCGAACAUGGGGGUUCUAAAGAAACAGCUAACGAGCCUCUUGCCAAUCCAAAAAUUUCCAGUCUGAAAUCCAAGCUGACAAUCUUAUAUGCUUUAUUUUGUAUGGUUUAUCCUUUGUUCCAUGCUACUCCAUACGCAGAGCUCACCAGCCAGCUCUCUACACUGACACUUGCAUUGGCAAUCAGCAUGAUCUCUUGGAGAUUGAUUGUUUCACGCUCGAAAAUCUUGCUAAUGGCCUAUCCUUAUGGACAAAAGAGCUAUCGCCGCACCAUUUCCAAUAUAAGGUCCCAAAUCACCGCUCUGGACUUCUUCAAAAAGGCAUAUUCUAUAGAGGACGUUCUCAUCUCCAAGGUCAACUACAAGAUAUACGUGAUUGUUGUGAAUAUCAAAGCCCCCGGCUCUGUUGAUGAUGAUGAGAGUAAGCUGAGGUUCUAUGCUACAAGUAUUAUCAAGGGAUGUGUGAUAGAAGCUGAAAGGACAGAGACAGAAGGCAAGUUCAAAACCCCAGACACCAAGACCUCUGAUUUGCUCGAGAUGGACUCUUUGAAUACGUUGGACAAUACAGGAGAGAAGUUUGAGAUCACAAUAGAUGUCACGCGAUAA